AUGGCUGAAUACGAGUUCAAGGGAUGGAUGGGCCGUGACGCUGAGUCCGUCAACGGAAAGAUGGAAUGGGGUUCUUUCGAGCCCAAGAAGUGGGAGGAGAACGACGUCGAUAUCAAGAUCACUCACUGCGGUAUCUGCGGUUCUGACCUCCACAUUCUCCGAUCUGGCUGGGGCGAGACACCUUUCCCCUGCUGUGUUGGCCACGAAAUCGUUGGCAAGGCCGUCAAGGUCGGCCAGAACGUUAAGAACAUCAAGGUCGGUGACCGCGUCGGUGUAGGUGCCCAGGCCCGCAGCUGCCUCCGCGAGGACUGCAUUGAGUGCUCCGCCGGCCGAUUCAACUACUGUGACAAGAUGGUCAGCACCUACGGCUCCGUCUACCCCGACGACAUUGGCAAGUCUUACGGUGGAUACGCCGACUACAACCGUACCGACUCUCGCUUCGUCGUAAAGAUUCCCGAGGGUCUCCCCUCUGAUAUCGCCGCUCCCAUGCUCUGCGGUGGUGUCACUGUCUACGCUCCUCUCCGAAACAACGGCUGCGGUCCCGGAAAGACUGUCGGUAUCGUCGGUGUUGGUGGCCUGGGUCACUUCGGUGUCCUCUUCGCCAAGGCUCUCGGCGCUGACAAGGUCGUCGGUAUCUCCCGCAAGGCCUCCAAGAGGGAUGAGGUUCUCGCUCUCGGUGCCGACUCUUACAUCGCCACCGACGAUGAUGAGGGCUGGGCCGACAAGUACGCCAAGACCGUCGACUUGAUCGUCUGCACUGUCUCCAGCAACAAGAUGCCCUUCAGCGACUACUUCAAGCUCCUCCGCCACGGCGGCAACUUUGUCCAGGUCGGCGCCCCCGACUCUGGUGAGCUCCCUCCCGUCAACGCUUUCACUCUCAUCAAGGGUGGCUUCAAGCUCAGCGGUAGCCUCAUCGGUUCUCCCGCCGAUAUCGAGGAGAUGCUUGAGCUUGCUGUUAAGAAGAACGUCAAGCCCUGGAUUGAGAAGCGACCCAUGGAGGACGCCAACCAGGCUAUUAUCGAUAUGGAGCAGGGCAAGGCUCGAUACCGAUACGUUCUCGUGAACCAGAAGAACAUUGAGUAA